ACUCUCGGGUGACUUACGUAAACGCGGGAACGCUCGGCGCCUAUACGUCCUGCCGGGGUCGUCCGUCAGCCAGACACUCGCGGCGACGUCGGCUGACCGGAGGAGGGACCGGCGCUCGGACUUUGACGUGACGGCGACGCGCGGCGCCCCCCCUGCUAGCGAGCGGCUUCCCGCCGUCGGCCCCUGGAUUAGACGGCUUCUUCUUCUUCUUCCUCCGCUUCAUCGCGGUCCUCAGCUUCUCGUCGACGACGACGCAGCCGCGCCACGCAAGCAGAUGUUGCACACGACUGGACACCUCUGACGGAGUGACGGGCACGGCGCCCCGUACGGGACGGCCCGAGCGGCGAUCGGCGUCGGACCCCCUGGGGAUUUUUUCGGAGGGCGCACCGGCCGGAAGCCGCGCCAACAAUCGCUGCCACGUCGGAUCCCCCGCCGCGCUAGAUGUGUGCCCAGGGAGCGUGAUUAUUGUGCGUGCGUGUGUCGUGGCAGCCCUCCGCCCGCACGGUGUGCGCUGGAGGAGGCGAGAAAGGAGCGAGGAAACGAAAGAAAAAAAAAAAAAGCAGUGACCGGUCACCUCUUCCGCUGACCGAUUGUGCGCGGGUUGCUGCUGCAGCCCUCGGUCAUUGGCUGAACUCCGGGUUCCUUCGUUGCAGUGUGUGUGGCUGUCUGUGUGCGUGAGUGCGUGCGCGCUGCUCCCUCCCACUGCACAAACCGUUCGCGUGCGCGUUUCAGAGCUGCAGUGUUAGCUUUUGCUCAGCGGGCAGACAGAGGGAGAGGGGGGUUGGACACCGGGUUCGUGCGCGCGAGCGUUCAGGCGCGUAGCGGCGGGCAGUCAAACGGCGACACAAACGCUUUGGAAAUGAAGAAAAGGCGAGGGAGCGACCCGCACAUCUGUCGUCGUUCGGCGCUAAAUUUAGAGCCCGGGUCCUCGUGGCCCUGGUGAAUCCCCGGUGGCUGCCGCUGUGGGAGCGGGUGGCGGCGGCCGCAAAGAGCCUCGGAAGAGUUGGCGCAGCGCACGCGCCACUUUGGCUCCUGCGACCGGCGGUGUGCCCAGGUAUUAGCGCUAGCUCUGCUGGACUGAGAAGAGACUGCGUCGAAACGGAUGCCAUUCUGCGAUCGACGCUGACCACGUGUGAUGUCCGGUCCGCGCGGGUCCGCGCCCUCCUCUCCGGGACGGUGCUGCGGCGGUUCCCCGUGGCAAGCCGAGAAGGUGUAUGCGCGCCGUGACGGCAGCGCGAUGCUGACGGCCUCGACUCCUCCGGUCAGCAGCGGUUCGUCAUGACCUCGUACUUCGGCAACCUGAGUCCGGGCGCGACGGGCUGGCCCACCGGCGCCCAGGACCCGCACCUGUACGCUCCCUCCAAGUACUCGGGUGCGCCGGCGGGUUACGUCGACGCACCGGGAGCCCACCACCACCAGUACGCGGCGGCUGCGGCGGCGGCAGCGGCAGCCGCGGCGUCGGCUACCUUCGGAUCCGCCGGCCGCUACCCGUACUCGGGCCGCUUCGACGCGGCGCCCAAGGGACUCGGCUACGACGCUCACCAGCACCCGACGUCACCGCCCCACCCCCACCAUCAUCACCACCAUGGCCAUCCGCAGCACGCUCACCAUCAGCCCCUGGGCUUGCCACCCUCUCACCACCCCCAUCAUCACGCCAUGCUACCGCAGCAGCAACAGCAGCAGCAGCAGCAACCCGGAACCGCCUGCUACGAGCCACCCAACGUCGGUCCCUACUACUCGGCCGCUGUUCCCGCCAGGCCUCCCCCCGAGACGCACGCCCACGUGGCCCCGACAUCGGUGGCGGCCAUCGCCUCCAAGGAGUACGGCAAGCCGGCGAGCAGCGUCUCCCCGUUCGCUGCCAUCGCCAAGCAGCAGCAACUGCCUCAGCAGCAGCCGCAGUUCCCGAGCCAGAGCUCGGCGGCCUCGAGUCCCGUGGCUGCGACGCCCGGCAGCAACGGUGCGGGUUCGCAACCCGAAGGCAACGGUCCCGGGACGCCCGAGAGCUACGCGGGGAGCGCCGGCAGUGCGGAGCCGGUUUCCGCGAACGAGCGCCAGGGGUCGCCCGCCAACGCGCAGUCGCCGAGCAAGACGGAGAACUUCUACCCUUGGAUGAAGUCGUACUCAGAUUCCUCGCAAGGGCCCAAGAGGACGCGGCAGACUUACACCCGAUACCAGACCCUGGAGCUCGAGAAGGAAUUCCACUUCAACCGCUACUUGACACGGCGUCGGAGGAUAGAGAUCGCGCACGCUCUGGGCCUCACCGAGCGCCAGAUCAAGAUCUGGUUCCAGAACCGGCGCAUGAAGGCCAAAAAGGAGAACAAGCUUCAAGGGGGACUUCUCGUUCCCAAGCCUGGAAACGAACUCGUCAGUGUACUUCAGGACUCCAAGGGGCUCGGGGCUACCAUGUUGGACAGUGUGGUCUACAGCUGAAGAGGACAUGCGCGGUCGGUGCGACAUCACGCGCUGUGACGCACUUCGUUGUGUACGCGCGCGGGUUGUGUGUGUCCGUGUGUGUUAGUGUCAAGUCAGUGUACAUUUUCAUCGUCGUCACUAUACGUCAAGCUUCUUUCUCGCGAAACGCCGGAACAGCGAGAAUGACCGUGCGAGUCUCACAGCAGAGGUUUUUUUUUGUGUCGAUGCACCGCGUACCGCUGGCGGGCAAAGUACAAACCAUAUAUGCCAUUGAUCACAGCAACACAUAUCGCUGUUGUGGUCUGAAGUGUUCUGAGCCAUCAUCGGACCUCCCGUUUACAUACACAUAAAAACCAGUGAAGGAAAGAAAAUACAACGCAGAAGCAGAGAAAACGUAUCUUCCUAUGCUACACACAUUCUUAUAGGAAAGAACAGUAGCUGGCACGACAACAGCUCGGCGUGUUGUUUGAAGCGUAACAGGUGAAGCUUUCAGCCAGAAGCAGGUAAACAAGGAAAAGGAUACCUCAGGGAAAGUCGCGUGCGCGACGGAGAUAUGUUCGCCAAAUGUCCGUGCAAGAUGCUCCGCGCGUUAAACGAAAGCACACUUGCGGAAAGAAAAAAGAGAAAGAAUGUCGUCGCGAAGAUGGGCCACGCUCACCUUGAAAACCGAACCGCAAGCUGACAGCCGAGGUCCGCUAAUUUAUUGCCCCGUCCCAUCUUCUUCCUCGGCGAGGGCCUCGAGCGCGCCCUCGGGAAAGAACGGUGUGACGAGCCUCGCUUCGAGCGGCGUGACAACGGUCCUAAGGGGCGCCUCUUUCUUGGACGUUUUCAGCGCCCUUUCAAGGCGCCCAAAACGACUCGGCCGACGACGCAGUACUGUCCUCCGAAUGGGACGGGACGAAAGCCGUAAAAACGCCGCGGCACCCUCAGUCGCGGGACGAUUUUUCAUAUCUGCAUGCCCGACCACAAAGGGCCAGGCGUGCCCGAGGAAGGCGCACAUGUGGCCAUCGGGCUCGCAUAUAGAUAGCACAGCCGACGGGGCGCCUCAAGAGUCAGGUGGUGGUCGCCGCUGACGCGAUGGGUGCCUCCGGGACCGUUUUUCUUUCUCGGAGGGGGUCGCUCUCCCUCCCGCUCACGUGCGCGCCGCGCGCUGAUGGUCUUAUGACACUCGACGACCAUUGUCUUGCGACCCGGCGCUCGUCUUUCGGAACCAUUACCGAGAGCGGGGCCGCGAGCGACGCUCGCCGAAACCGUCGACGAGAGAAGACCUUUCUGCGCGGCGUCUUGGAUGCGCGGGGCAACAAAGAAGUCCGCAUUCGUCUCGCCAUUUAGUGACCCAUUUAAGGGGGCCCCCCUCGAGAAAGGGCUGGAUGGCCCCCCCUGGGAGUCACCCCUUCUGGCCGAUUCCCAGGACGGGGUGUCUUCUCGGGGCCGCGCGGGAAGUGCUUCUCUGCUGGUCGCUCUUCGCGUGCCUAAUUGCUGCAAAAAGGGGGGAAGGAUGCUCGAACGCACAAAGAACGGCGCGACGGCGACGGCCAAGAGCACAGCCUGGUGGUGGUCCCUGCCGCCGGCGCAGACGCGAGGAAAAAAGCUCCCCAGAAGCGCCCCCGCCCGAGCAGAUGCCGUGCAACGUUCGUUCGGUGCCGCAUGCAGUGCGCAGUUGCUGUGUCAGUGUUCAGAGGUGCUUGCUGCCGGUGACGACUUCGGCUCCGAUCGGACGUGAGACCAAGUGCCCGCGAUCGUAAGCCGCUUUGAAUGCUCUACCACGUAGGUUCCCGUGUGUGUGCUGCGUUAGUCGCGGCGAUGUGUCUUUUGGUGUGGUGUCAGAAAGCGUACGCGCUUGCGUCUUGUACUCAAGGUAAGGUUAAGCCAUUGCAGAGGGAAAAGAAAGGGAGCGCUGACGAGGGACACUUGUAAACGCAGGCCGAGUAUGCUAUACUUUUUGUUCCUACAGAUGCGAUGGAGAAAGUGUCAUCGCAGGAGAGCCCACCCAGUGAUUGAUCGUGCGGGACCUGUCAACUCAGUACCGUCAUAGAGUUUGAGAUGCAUAUGUAUACGUAUCUUAUUUAUAGCUUCUGCGUGUGUUUCACUGUACAGAUUUUCGUGGCUUCAUAUAAAAAAAUAGCAUUUCCACAACCUAUAAAGGUGAAUGCGCCAUUCGCUUUGUCUU